AGAACGGGGCGGGGCAGGGCGGGUCGGAAGUAGAUACCCAUGCCCCGCCCCACGCUAUUGCGGGUCGGGUAAUACCCGCCCAUCGCGGGUCAGGUCGGGUAAUACCUGCGGGGCGGGUUGAAAUUGCCAUCACUACCAGAAGGUCAUAAUACAUGUUAUAUGUAUGCUGAACGGUAUUAUGUGAUGAGUAUAUGAAAUGCGAAAUGAUAUUCAAGGCAGUUAUGUAAAAAGAAUUGCAAUAAAGGUUUCCUAGCUAUUAUGUGAAGGUUUAUGUGUUUAUGUCAUAUCAAGUGAUAUGAGGUAUAUUUUGUGGUGAUCUCCUAUGACAAGUGAUACAAUGAUUGAUUAGUUAACUGUUUUAUAAGCAGUGAUGAUAUGUUGAUAUAAAUAUGAUACUGCCAUGGAGUGUAAAUGGGUAUAAUGCUAUUUUCUAGUAUACAUUCUACGAUGUCGUGUUGAUGGAAGUACAAAGAUAUGAUGGAAAAUUUCCAUAUGAUAUAUAAGAACGAAUACAAACUAUUUUCAACGUCAAGUAUUGAAAUGGCAACUUUAGAGUAUUCCUAGUCCCAGCACGGAUCCGGUGAGGCCCGAUGCAGCAAAAUUCAGACUCGUGGCUCUUCCCUAAUCACCGCCAUCGUCUGGAUCUCGGUAGUAAGAUCUGUUGCCUCCAUGCCUCCACCGAUCACUGAUAGUCGCUCGAAUCGAAAGCGUUAUGUGUCGCUCGCCGCUGUCCCCCCGACGCCAUCGCCUCACCAUCGAUUAUCGACUCACUAUCUAGGUGCAGCGUGAAGAGGAGAGGAGAAGAGGGUAAGUGUCGAUUGUGCUCCCCUCUGUAUUUGUUGGGUUCCUAGGCUUUGCCUUUCUUCGUUUUACGAAGCAGAAAAGGAGAGAGGCGCGGAAUAUGCGAGACCGGCAAGGACUUCCACGGCGCGGCUUGCAAUCGGAAGUUUGCUUCCGAGCGCACGAAGUUUGCUUCCGACGAUGCCAAUCCCGACGGCCGGUAGUUACACUUUAGGAAGCUUCAGUUUUGGGGUUCGACGGUUACCAUGAGCAACGGUUACAAAUCCAGAGGCAAUUCCAACUGCGAUCCGUUUCAGAUACGCUUGUUUUUUCUCUUUCCUCUCUAAUUUUAAUAUUUAUUUAUUUCCAGAAAUAUAAUUCUAAAAUCUUUUAAUUUUAUUUUCCUUAACUGCUUGUAUAUAUAAACUUUUCAUUAACUUUAAUGUAAAAAAAAGGUAAUAAAAAGUGUUUUUCUUUUGACCUUGUUAGCUUUUGAUUCGGAGUAUCCGACUAAGCCUCAAUGGCUUGUUUAAGUCCAUUCGGUGGAGCUUAGUUGUCCUCCAGUAUGGGCGCUUGUGUGUUUGUUUGUUUUUGCAGGGGCACAUAGUUUUCCCUUGACCAUGCAAGCAUCCAUCCAUUAUGAUUCAAUCUCGUGAUGUGGCGCAUGCGACAGGUGGAGCGAUCUUGGAAGAGAUUUGUUUGGCUGCUCCAUCAUUUGCUUUCUUUUUUUUUUUUUGCAUUUGUACUCCUAGGUGUACAAUAGAGCUGCCCAUUUUGUGGCUUUUAUGGCUCUUUCAUCGACAGUUCGAGUAGUUGUCGACUGUCGCGUUUGGUUGCUAAGUGUCCUGUAAUAUCUAUAAUUUACCCUAUCUAUGACAAAAAAAAAAAACGUCAAGUAUUGUACAGUAAAGGUGAAACCCUAAACGAAUGAGGUAUGACAUAUAUAUAAGGACUUGAAUGAAUGGCUCAUAAUGUAUAUGUGAAAUAUUGAGUGGAAUUCCUCAUAAAUCUAUAGGAGUGAGCUCUAGGUAAAGUUCCUAAGCGAUUAAAUAUACACCGAGUACAGUGGACAAAAGACACUCUAAGUCACAACAUAAUCUGAUAUCAUUUUUGUAUUGAUAUUUACAUAAUUACAUUAGGUUAUUAUUUACUCAUUGAGUUAUGUCUCACCCCGUCAAUAUUUUUCCCAUAUCAAUAGCUAAAUGGGUGAAGGCAAUGGGACGAAGCAAGUUCAAUCUUGAUGAUUGCGAGGUGGGCGGAAAACUGAACUCUCCACAUUGUUUUACAUGAGACAUUUGAAGAUGGGUUUUCCCAAAAUGUUGUUAUGGACCAAGGGUUUAACUUUUUUGGUAAAUAGCUGAUGAUGUGCAUAUAUUUUAAAUGGUUUUAAUUAGAGAAAAUUAGUUGAGUUUUACAUCGAUUCUAAGCUAAAAUCGGUGGCUCUGACGCCGAAUUUUGUUCACUAGAAUAGACCCAAAAAGUUGAGUCUUCACUGAUUCUAGAGUCGUCUGGAUAGAAAGACUCUACCAAGUAGUGAUGGCAAUCGGGCGGGGUGGGGCGGGCACCUCAAUAACCAUGCACCGCCCCAAGCUAUUGAGGGUCCGAGGGGUGGGGGGGUGUAAUACCAAGCGUCUACGGGGCGGGUCGACCCACUCUUAUAUGUUAUUUGAAAAAAAUACACGCCAAAGUUUACUUUUUACGAUAAAACAAAGGGGAAACACUUCAUGAAUAAAAAAUUGUGAUAAUAGAAUGGCUAAUUGAGACUAACUAGUUGAAAAAUCAAGUCUAACUAGUUGAAGAAAUGUCAAAAUAGGAUAAUCAUGAAUAGAUACUGUAAGAAAUUGAGAUAAAAUUGGGCCAUGAAUGCACGAGAUGGGGCAGGGCAGGUCGGAAGUAGAUACCCAUGUUCCGCCACAUCGGGGGUCAGGUCGAGUAAUACCCGGCGGGGCGGUUUCAAAUUGCCAUCCCUACUGCCGAGGGAAACAAGAGAUGGACCUCACUAGUGUUGAAGGUGAUUUCUCUAUUGGCCACAUACUUCCAAACCUUGUUUUGGGGAAAAAGGGAAAUAGAGAUACGAUCCCAAGAAGCAUGACUCAUCUAAGUUACAAGCCCAUAAAUGGUGGCCACUUUGGCCGAUCGAGGCUCCAAUCCCGCUUUGAAUUGACCAAAUUCUGAAAAUGUUGAUAAGGGGAAUAUGUAUCAAGUCAAAUUGUACAUGAAGCAUCCAUUUCCUCCUUACUACAAGAAACGGUGUCUACCUUCCAUACGUACACAAAGAGAAUAACUCUUUACCUCAUAAGGAACAAGAAUUCUCUCUAUACACCAGCAUGACUCAUCCUGACAUUGAAAGUAUGAAAAUUUUCUACCACAAUGGGAGAAAGUGAACACCAUUAUGGAACAGAACGAGACAAACAAUCCUCCCUCUAAGGGAUUCAGCUGCCCCAAUAGCCUGAUAUUGUCAUAAUUCGACGACAGGGGCAUCGAUUUUCCAUCUUCUCGAGAAUACUCUAGAUCUAGAAUUUAUACCACGCUCAAUGAGAUUCUCACUGUUUUGGGAUGAAAAGAAGUUGUCAAAUACCAAUAUUGAAAUCUAUCGUAGGGAUGGCUGAUCCAACAAAAGCUAUAAGGCAACUUCAUUGAAACGAGUACGAGCACUCCCAAAAUCUCACUCUGUCCAACAUACGCACCCAUAUGCAUUUUUUGGUAUUACAAAAGUUUACAGAUCCAAGGCAUUUCACCAUGCCUCCUAAAUGAUCUUCAUCUAAUAGAUGCGAUCAUAGACAUAGGUUCUAGGCUUAACGUGAUGGCCCUUUAAGUUUAUAAAAAUGCUCGAUAUCAACUAGCUAGAGGCGAUUAUGGAAAUAGCAUUGACCGAAAACAAAGGUUUGCCCCCUCUAGGCAUGGUCAAGGAAGUUCAGGUCGAGAUAGGACCCUUCGUGUUCUCUCUCAACAUUUUAGUACUCGAGACAGAUAAGGAUGAAGAUUAAUCUAUCCUAUUUGGGAAGCCUUUCUUAGUCAUAUCCGAUAGUUUAGAUGAUAUUCCUAAACACUGAAUCAUGAUGAGAAUUGAUAAUGCAGAGCAUAUCGUAGACAUAUCCACCAUGGGAUCUACGAAAGGCACGUUCUUCAACCAAUUGAUUCCUCUUAUGGUAGGAUCAGAUUAUGACUCCUUGCAAACUCCUAUGCCUAACUAUUGGGAAGAUGUCAACCUACUCUUAUAAUCAACACAGAAAAGGAAUUGGAAUUCACAUCUUUGGAAUUCCAUGAAGGGAACUCACUGUAGCCUCAUAACAAAAGAUAAUUCAAGGAAAUGGUGUGCAGGCUCAACGUAUGAGUAUACGAGCUGCAUAUCGUGGCUUACGUUACACAUCCUAAUCAUUUCCUUGAGUUACCUCUGUCAUACAAUUGGGGAGGAGAAUGGCCAACGAACCCUCAUUUGUCAUAUGACUAAAACACUUUUAGCACCUCCUAAUUCAAAGGCAUAAAAGAGAGGGUGCUACAUGGGAAGCAAUCCAUGGUUUGUUUAACUUAAAGACAAAAUACAAAAGUACUACCGAAAGAUAGCCCAUAUUUUUUUUAUUUUCUUUCAUAGGUUUAGCUUUGAGAUUUGGUGUAUAAUCAAUACAGUCCUAGAUUAUAGGAUGCACCACGUCGUCCAAGUUUCAUGGAAUGACAUAUGUUUGGUAUCACUUCUCGUCUCUGCUUCUUAAGUGUAUUACUAAGCCAAUGUUGCAUAUUAAUUUCUUAUGCUUUUAAAUGAAUGUUUGCGUCUUUCCUUCCAAUACUCCCCAAAUCUCCACUUGCAUAAUCUUUUACUAUACACCACCCAUCGCCAACAUAUUACUAUCACUCAUACCACCAAACAUUAAUCACCCUCCACCACAUCUCCUUAUCCUUAUAUCUUUAGUAUAUUGACUAUUAAAUAGAAGAGAAAAGGGGCUCAUGCUAUUUACUAGCCUUUGUACCCUUGUGAUUCAUUUGUUCAUCUCAUGCAUGGUACUUAUAGAUUUGCUCAUAUGCUUACCAUGUUCUAUGUUUCAAGCUUCUAUAUAAUAUCAUAUGUAUCGAUGAUGAAGUUCUGUGGAUGUUUGGAUGAAUAGAGUCACAUUCUUGGG